CAUCGACUUCUCUGUCUUGUUUUCAGGCUGGUGUGGUUCUUAGUUGUGCUUGGAAUGACGACCUUGCUCGUGGUUAACACUAUCCAGGCCAUCUUGGUCUUACUCCGACAUCCAGAAACCAGCGCCAUCUCCCUCAACUACGUGCCCAGGAUCACUUUCCCCGCUGUCACCGUCUGCAACAUCAACCUCCUCCGGAACAGUGCCCUGGACGAAUCCGUCAUUCCGACGCUGGCUGCCAUCUACCUGGAGGAUCGGUCAGAUAGCACCGGCUUUGAUUUCGGCCCCGUGGACGCCCUGUACCACUACCCCAACGGGAGUGACUCGUUGGAGACCAUCUUCAACGCCUCGCACCAGAUCGAGGACAUGCUGUUCAGGUGUCGGUGGCGGCACGAGAAGUGUUCCGCGGCCAACUUCACCCGGCGCCUCACCGACCACGGGGUGUGUUACACCUUCAAUGACCCUCCAGACGAGCAAGAUGCCCUGCAGGUCCAAAAUCCGGGCAGCAGUAACGGACUGUUCAUGAGACUCAACAUUGAACAGGACCUCUACACCUACGGAGAAAGCACAUCAGCUGGAAUUAAGGGUUUUGUCGCGGUUCAAUUUCCCGCCGGUCUUCAGCGAUAA